UUGCGUUGUCGCUGCAGUCGCUCACUAGCAGGUGUGUUGUGCGCGCGUGCGUUCACGAUAAUUAAAUAGUCAAUUGGCGCCAACACGAUCGCUUAAUAUCGAGCAAUUCGUUUUCAUGACAUUUUGGUGAAAGUGUAGUGUUAAAGACUAAUGAAGAUGACCGUAAAUCGUCUGAGGGUAGUGGUGCUUGGUAGCUCACGCUGCGGCAAAUCCGCCGUUGUAGUCCGUUACCUAACUAAAAGAUACAUCGGAGAGUACAGUUCAACUGGUGAUUUUUUAUACAAUCACCGGGUUUCCUUCGACGGAGUAACAUCAGAAGUAGAAGUUUUAGAUACUUGUGGAUGUGCGAAAAGAGGUUGUCUACCCGAACAUUUACGUUGGGGCGAUGCAUUUGCGGUGGUUUAUUCAGUCUGCGACCGGCGAUCUUUUUUGGCUGCAGCUGAAUUGUUGGCACUCCUGGAAAGGACCAGACUGCCCGGCUGUGCAGCUGUUACGUUACUGGGAAACAAAAGGGACUUAGAACAUGCCAGGGUUGUUAAAACCGAGGAGGGUCAAGAGCUGUCGUUGCGUUUCGGAUGCCAGUUCUACGAGGUGUCUGCGGCGGAGUCUUGUGCUGGCGCCGCCCUCGCCUUCCACGCUCUGCUGAGAGAGGCGCGAGCGUUGGCUCUCUUACUGCCAGCGCCCAGGCGGAAACUGGCUGCCUACUCCGUCUCUAAGGUAAUUGGUUCAAUUCUCGGCCUUAGCAACAAGAGCGUAAGAAAGAAACGACCUUCACUUAGCAUAUGAUAUGCUUAUAUAAAUUUUUGGUCUUCUUCACUCCGAGAGGAGUUUGUUCUUUCUUUGAGAAGCUGGAAGUUCCUGAAGGUGGAACGGAAAGAUUGAUACUUACUAGAGAAAGUAAGUAUGAGAGAUGCCACGUUUGAAUAAUUUGGGGCUAUCGACGUUGGAAAUUGUAAAUUAAUAAGACUGAAUUUUUAAGUAAUAUUUUGUAUUCAAACUUGAGCGUUUAUAUGCUUUUGUAUAUGUUUGUUAUAUAUUUCUGAUACUGUUAUAUUUUUUAUUGAGGCGAAAAAUCUGUUUUCGCUGACAGCUAUUAUUAUACAUACUGUAUACUGUUUAUUGUAGCUACGAAUUAUAUAUAUUAUAAGCGGUUUUUGCUGUAGUGAGGUGUGCCUUAAAUGAAAGUCCAAUUUAAUAUUUUAGCAGAUUUUCCAUACAAUGUUUCUAACUAUAUACCUAUGCAAUAUAACCUUGCUUUUGCAUUAAUAUUUAUAAAAGUAUCCAUGAUGUGUAAUGAAUUUAACAUCAAGAUGUUUAACCCACCUUUAAAGCAAGGAUGUGUAUAUUAGUGAAUACUUUUUUAUAAAUAGGAUAUCAAUAUUUAAAACAAUACUUUUGUGCUGAAUGUAAGUGAUGAAAUAAAACUUAAUGUAAUAUAAAUGAUUUGUAACAAAACCAUUAAAAGAGAAAUAAAAAAAGUAUAAAUACUUUUUAGUUUUUGAAAAUGGAACGGUCUAGUUUGUAGUUUUACGGUGGUAUAAUUCAUAGAACGGUUACUAUUUACCGUUUUGUUUGUUCGAAAUUCAAAUUCUUGUUGACAUUUCAUAGUUGUCUAACAAUUUCGAAUUCUUAUUGUUUAAUAACGCAAUGCUGUUUUAUAUGAAGUGUAAAUACAAUUUUAUACACA